AUGUUCCAGCUGCCCAUCCUCAAUUUCAGCCCGCAGCAGGUGGCCGGGGUAUGCGAGACCCUGGAGGAGAGCGGGGACAUCGAGCGCCUGGGGCGCUUCCUCUGGUCCCUGCCCGUGGCCCCCGCGGCCUGCGAGGCCCUGAACAAGAACGAGUCGGUGCUGAGAGCCCGGGCCAUCGUCGCCUUCCACACGGGGAACUACCGGGAGCUCUACCACAUCCUGGAGAACCACAAGUUCACCAAGGAGUCCCACGCCAAACUGCAAGCCCUCUGGCUGGAAGCGCAUUACCAGGAGGCGGAGAAGCUGCGGGGCCGACCCCUGGGGCCGGUGGACAAGUACCGGGUGAGGAAGAAGUUCCCGCUGCCCCGCACCAUCUGGGACGGCGAGCAGAAGACACAUUGCUUCAAGGAGCGGACGAGGCAUUUGCUGCGGGAGUGGUACCUGCAGGACCCUUACCCCAACCCCAGCAAAAAGCGGGAACUGGCUCAGGCCACGGGACUUACCCCCACGCAAGUGGGCAACUGGUUCAAAAACCGCAGGCAAAGGGACAGGGCAGCAGCCGCUAAGAACAGGCUACAGCAGCAGGUCCUAACGCAGGGCUCGGUGCGCUCGCUGCAAGCGGAGGAGGAGAGCGGCGGGGAGGCGGUGGGGGCCGCCUCCAGCCCCGCAGCCAGCCUCUCCAGCAAAGCGGCCACCUCCGCCAUCUCCAUCACAUCCAGCGACAGUGAAUGUGACAUCUGA